AUGAAUAACAUGACAGCUCUACCGAAAGCAGAAACUAUCCUAUCAACAGCGGCUUCUGUUGCUGCUUCUACAAUCGUUGUUCAUUCUAUAGCAAGAGAUCUCAUUCCACAGGCUCUUCAUCAAUACCUUAAUUCAACUGCUAAAAAAAUAUCUACCUUCUUCUCAUCUCAGCUCACUGUUGUCAUCGAAGAAUUCGAUGGCCUUACUUCCAACCAAAUGUUCCACGCCGCUAAUGUUUAUUUAGGCUCUAAUUUAUCGGCUUCCAAGAGGAGAAUUAAAGUAAACAAGCCAGAGAAGGAGAAGGAAUUAGCAGUGACUAUUGACACGGAUCAAGAACUUGUGGAUGUGUUUAAAGGAGUAAAAUUGAGGUGGAUUUUAGCCUCAUCGCACAUCGAAAACCAUCUUCCUUCAAACAAAAAGAGCAAUGGUGGUGCCUUUUCGAAAUCUGAAUUACGGUAUUUUGAACUCAGUUUUCACAAGAAACAUAGAAACAUGGUGUUGAGUAGUUAUUUGCCCUACAUUCUUCAGAAAGCCAAAGCAAUAAGAGAAGAGAAGAAGACAUUGAAAUUACACACAAUUGACUAUAACGGUACUGAUUAUUGGGGAUCCAUCAGUUUUGAUCAUCCUGCAAAUUUUGAUACAAUAGCAAUGGAUCCAGAGAUGAAGGAGAUGUUAAUUAAGGAUCUUGAUCAAUUUAUUUCAAGGAAAGAGUUCUACAGAAGGGUAGGCAAGGCUUGGAAACGUGGAUAUUUGUUAUAUGGGCCACCUGGCACUGGAAAAUCAAGCUUGGUUGCUGCCAUGGCUAAUUACCUUAAGUUUGAUGUUUAUGAUUUGGAUUUAAAGGAGGUUCAAUGCAAUUCAGAUUUGAGGAGAUUGCUGAUCGGUACAGGAAACCGGUCCAUUUUAGUUGUCGAAGAUAUUGAUCGUUCUUUCGAGUCUAAGGAAGAUGAUAAAGUCACGCUCUCUGGCCUUCUGAAUUUCAUUGAUGGCUUGUGGUCGAGUUGCGGAGAUGAAAGAAUUCUGGUGUUUACAACGAAUUACAAAGAUCAGCUCGACCCGGUAUUGUUGAGACCAGGUCGGAUGGAUAUACAUCUGCAUCUGUCUUAUUGCAGUUUUGAUGGUUUCAAGACACUUGCAUCUAAUUAUUUGCAUAUUGAGGAGCAUCAACUGUUUGAUGAAAUUGAGCAGCUGUUAGAGAAGGUUCAGACUACACCUGCUGAAGUUGCAGGAGAGCUAAUGAAAAUUGCAGAUGCAGAACUUACACUUCAAGGCUUAAUCAAGUUCCUCCAAAAUAAAGUAAGACCUGUAAUGCUGUAGGCAUAAUUGAAAAGCCAAAGCAUCAAUAAUCACAUGAAGAAUUUCUUUCGUUUUUAUUCUUAAUUAUCAAAACUAAACCUAAUAUUAACUCCAUAGGCACAAUCAUUGAAUGUAUUACUUUUAUUAGUUUCUAUUCAGGCUCUCGCCUUUUAUGCAUUGCUGAGCCCUUUGUACGAAAAAUUUAAAUGUAAGAGCCAAGAGGGUCAUCGUGCAAACUCAGGUUCAUAUGGGUUAUAAUAGAUACAACCAAACCAUGUAUUUCAAAGUUUAGGUUUGAUAAGAUCAUAUCUGAUCAAUGUAUGAGGUGGAUGCCAGAAAGACUAAAACAUCUAAGUUCAUAAUUUGCAAUAAAUACAGAAAAUUUUCGUUCUUACUA